CUACUAAUCAUAGAUUCAUAUGCAUUGAAAUAUUGAAGUUGGGUUCUCCUUGGCUAGUUUCGCAUUUCGAUGACAUCAGAUGACCCCCACAGGCCUGCUCCGAGCGACAUAUAAGGAGGUGGUAUUCAAUGGCUUGAGAGCUCAUUGCAGGUCUUCCCUCCUUCCUACUGCACACCCCUCCCUUCACAGAUUUAGUGAAACAAACGUUCUUCAGAAAUCGUUCUAUAAUAUGGCCUCCGCGAGCAAGCCUAUCGUUCUCUAUGGUUGGCCCACCCCCAACGCUCGGAAAGUCACCACUUUCCUAGAAGAGCUGAAGGUUGCGUACGGUCUCGACUACGAUAUCGAAGGUAUUGAUAUUGGCAAGAACGUCCAGAAGCAACCGGCCUUCCUCAAGAUUAAUCCGAACGGCAGAGUUCCCGCUAUCGUGGACCGAGCGAGAAAUAACUUCAAUGUCUUCGAGUCCGCUGCCAUUCUGCUCUACCUUCAGCAGCAUUAUGACAAGGAGAACAAGUUUGGCUUCGAUCCCAAAGCAGAUCCGGAUGAAUACAGCAUCCUUCUUCAGUGGAUAUUCUUCGUCCACGGUGGCCUAGGUCCUAUUCAAGGGCAAGCCAACCACUUCAACAAGUAUGCUCCAGAAAAGAUACCCUACGCGAUUAACCGCUACAUCGAGGAGACCAAGCGUGUAUACAGCGUCUUGGACACUCGCCUUACAGAGAGAGACUGGUUGGCAGGACCUGGUCGUGGAAUAUUCACCAUUGCUGACGCAAAUGCUAUACCCUGGGUGCGUGGGCACGCCUUCGCUGGCAUUGAGACUCUCGACGAAUGGCCGAACGUCAAGGCCUGGGUGGCUCGAGCAGAGGCACGGCCGGCGUUCAAAGCGGGACUUGAUGUUGCAUAUUCAAAGUGAGAUGACAAUGAGAAUAGUACAUGUACACGUAAUUCCAAGACGUCUACGACGGCCGUACAUGUAUACAAUUUUUGAUAUGUGACUUUCGUUUGAAUUGCAGAUGUUAUGAGCGUCCUAUGGAGGUAUGAAAGAAAAAGAACAAACCCAGCACAUGCGU